UAAUCGAUUAUUUGUCUCACAUUCAACUGCGAUUGGCCGGUCGGCUCCCAGCAUGACUCCUAUUGUAACUAUUCUGGAGCUUUUCUUGCACCGCACGGCGCUCACAUUCCGAAACGUAAAUGAAUCAACGCUAGAACUGGCAAGGAGUGUUAUGCACAGGAUUUUAGUGGUGUACUGAAUAUAUUUGUCUACCGUUUAUCGGGGAGGUAAAAGUGAGGAAUCGCAUUACAUCCUGAAAUUGACCGUCUUUUCGCCACUGACAUGAACGUUGCGAACCUGUUGCAGUCGCAAACAUCAACACGCUAUUAAGAAACCACGACAGAAUGUACGAGACUUUCGAAGAUGAAUUUCAGGGGCAAUUUUUGGCGGACCAGGAAGACCUGGAUCCCUCACACGAUCUCCACGAUGUAAACCUGACCCACAAUGACUUCCUUUUGGAUAUAACCACGGAUAAAGAGAACGAAGAUAUUCAAGACUCUCUGAACAAUUCAGGAUUCACGGACGUUCAGUCAGAGGCAUACAGUUCUGAAAAAAUUUUCGAACAGUCUGAACCAUCGAAUUCUUUUGCGGAAAAUAUAAGUGACGAAAUGAUUGCCAACUCAGGAUCAUCCACCAUGGAAGUUCAACUAGAGACAGCCCAUGAUGCUGAUGAAGCUUCCGAACUAUCUGAAAUGCCGGAUUCUUCUGGGGAAUGCGUAAGUGUCGAAACGAUUGACGAUUCAAGACCAUUCGCCAUGAAAGUUCAACCAGAGAUAUGCCAUGGUGCUGAUAAAGCUUCUAAGCUUAAAGAAGUGAGGUCUAUGCUUGAAUGUUUGAAUGCAGAAUUUUCUGAUUCGGAGCAAGCUGAAUCCUCUACGAUGGAAUUGCAUGCUGAGGAACAACAUGAAGUACGGAAUUCAUCCAAAAAAUGCAAAAGAACCGUAAUAAUUGAUCUAUCGGAGUCUUCUACCAACGGCAGUUUUAAUACCGAUGGCAAUUCUAAUAAUGACAACAAUUCUAACACCGAUAGCAACUCGUCUGAUAAUUCUUUUAAUAAUAAUGAUGAUAUUUCAAUUAUCGGUACUGUAAAAAAAUCCAAUAAUCCUGUGCCUUCAUGCUCUUCCCUUGAUAGGUUAGAACUGAAUCAAGUUGAAACUGCACCUACUGGCAGUCACAAACAAGCUACAAUUGUUAACAAUAAGGUCCAAGGUGGACGCAAUGAAAAAGCAGCCGAGGAAAACAAUAACGAUGUACUGUACAUCAAGAACGUUUCUAAGAAGGAGGAAAAGAGACGGGAGUUAAGCAGUCCAGAACCAGGGUGCAGUAAAGAUUCUUCUGACGAUAUCCCAGAGGCGGAAGAUUCCUCCGGUUCCUCCAAUUUGGAUGAAUUGUUAAAGGAUGCGAAGCUGAUACAUGUUCUUCUACCUAGAUACAAUAGCCGUACGAUUUAUAAAGCGAUCUGUAAUAAUCAAAAUGCGAGAAAUCGCAUCGAGCUUACGUUGUGGGACUUGUUACCGGAGGAAAGACCGCUGCCGCAAUAUUUACAGAAACGAAAAUGUUCGAGUGACACAUAUUGUACAGAACGUAAGAGAAAUCGCAAUACCGCACCGCAAAAAGAUCAGGUAGAAAACGCGGCCUUGGUGAAGAGAGAAGAACGGGCGAGAGACGAGGCAACUGCCGACAACGAAAAAUCGGUAAUUGAAGAACUUGCAUCAUUAAUGGAUGAGAAUGAAACGAAAAUGGACAUUCCAGAAGCGGCGCCAGCUUUGAACGAUGCGAAUAAUGAUAUCGCUCAACAAGACGAACAACCGACAUUGGAACAAGGAGAAAGCGAACAACCGACAUUGAAAGAAAUAACGUUUCGUCUUCUGGAGGAUCUCGGUAAAUAUUGCGCCGAGAAUUACGUGGCUCCGAAUCCAAAGACAUCUAUGGAAGUCGAUUCGAACGUCAAGCCGAGUCAGUUGCAAGCGACUACGAGUUCGGAAGCUAGGGUGAAUUUACUUUCUGAUAACAAGUCAAGACUGUUGCAACCGGCGAAGUUUACACCUCAAGGUAAUUCCACACCGAAAAACGAGAGACUUCCCAAAUCGACAAAUCCUCUUUUGUCACCGCCAAAAUUACAAGUCCACGGCGCCCGUGUGAUACCAGCAAUGCCCCAGGGCAAUGUAACUUCUACCAACUAUGCAGGUGAUAUGGCUAAUACUACACCUGGUGUAACGCAAAUGAGGCAAAAUGAGCAAAUCGUUUUUCCAAUGCCAACCACGUCUUAUACGCGAAUGGUACAGCAAUCCUUGUGUCCUCAACCCUUUCAACCCUCGCAUCCCCCAUCACCCAUUUUGCAAAACCUAAAUCCAAAUUCAUUUGUGCGAAAUCAUACGUUACUGCCAUCAAAUGACAAAAAAGCAUCUACCCGUGUCCCACGCCCACCUCCAUUACAAUGGCACAGGUCGAUCAAAUACAAAUUGCCACCGAGAAUUAGAGAAAUGGAAAGCACUAAGUUGGACAACGCUCACGUCGCGAGAGCAUCGGUGUCGAGUGUGUCUGCGGCAUCGGGUAAUCAUGCGCCUGUAAUAAUACCAUCGAGUUCAAAAGCAGCGGCUGUGCAAAACAUCUCGGACCACCAGAGAGCGAGCGGCAGCAAUGCAAAUUGUAAUUUUGAGAAGGGAGGCAAUAUGAAUACAUCUCAGGCCUUGCACGAGCAUGAAUCUGGAACAAGAGGCAUGGAAUCUAAUUACAUAAAUAUAAUUGAUGAUAGCAGUAUAUUAAAUAUUAAGAAGGUAAAAAUAGACUCAAUGAAAGAUGCCGCUCAAAAUGAAAUAAAAUUAAGUGAGAAAGCUACUAAAAUAUAUGCCAAAUUAAUUCCGAUGUUUCCAACGGUGAAAACUCGUUAUAUCAAACGAUUGUGCCAUGAGUAUGUCAACGAUGAUGAGGUCAUAUCAACCCAGCAUGAAGCAGCAUUAGUGGAAUACUUAGUUGAAAGAUUGCUUCAAUGUGACCAAGAAAAUUUGUCGGUUACAGUAAAAAAAGACAAGCCAUUACCAGAGGCGACAAAUUCUAUUCCAACUUACGACAUGAAUGAGCAAUAUGCGGAUUUAUUGAUGAUAUUUCCAGAAGCGGAUCCUGUAUAUUUAAGAGAAGUAGCUGAGCAAAUAUAUAGCGAUCCUGAGCAGAUAAAAGAAUUUGUUCAGUCAAAGUUGGAAAAUCCUGAUUAUCCAACGAGAACUCAAUAUCUGGCUAAAAAAAAGAAAACCCAACAACAAAAGCAGUAUACCACGGAUUUCAAAGUGGAACAAUUUUUAAGCAUAUUUCCAGAUCCAUUCUCGUACUUCGAAGAUGAUAAGAGAAUCUGUGAAUUUAAUCCACACGCCGUAGAUUUUCUAAAAUAUUAUUUUAGUAAAUUGAGGCAUAAUAAGGUAAACACGUUGGUGAAGGCAUACAGUGAAUACAAGAACAAUUUAAGUUUAACUGCGAAAUCUCUGGAAGCGUUAAAUCCUGAUAUGAAAACUAGAAGACAUUCCAAUAAAAUGACUCUAACAGAAGACAUACCGUUCCUUCAAGAGUGUGCCUUUAUUCAGCACAAAGCGGAGAUUAAAAACUACCUGAAUGAAGUGAAACUAAAAGAGGAACAAGAAUUUAAUGAGCUUAAAGCAAAGAACGAAUUGCUUGAAUGUCAGUGUUGUUAUGAUGAUGAAUGUAUGCCGUCAAAGUGUUCCACUUGCGAGGAUGGUCAUGUAUUUUGCAACACAUGUAUUAUACGGAGCACAGACGUGGUAUUAGGAGACGGUAAUACGCGCAUCGAUUGCCUGAUACAAUGCGGUUGCGAGUUCCCGAUAUCCGUACUCCAGCGAGUGUUGCUGCCAACGAAAUUCAGUAUUCUGCUCUGCAAGCGGCAGGAAGCAGAAAUAAUGGCCGCUGGACUCGAAGGCUUGGUAUCGUGUCCAUUUUGUCAUUUUGCAUCUAUACCACCACCCGAAGACAAAAUAUUCAAAUGCCUCAAUCCGGAAUGUAUGAAAGAAACUUGUCGAUUCUGCAAAGAACUUAAUCACGUACCGCUGAAAUGCAAUGAAAGGAAAGCAACAGAAUCUGCGCGUUUGUUUUUGGAAGAGAAGAUGACCGAAGCUCUGGUACGAAAAUGCUACCGUUGCAGCAAAAUGUUCUUCAAAGAAGAAGGCUGUAACAAAAUGACUUGUACGUGUGGCGCCCAAAUGUGCUACAUUUGCGACAAGCCAGUAACCGAUUAUAGGCACUUUCAAGGUCAAGGAGCAGAAUGUUCAAAUCUCUGUCCAUUAUGGAGUGAUGAUCGUCGCAUGAAUGCUGAGAAUGUAAUUAAAGUUUGCCAGGCGACUAUGAAACAGAUCAAAGAGAAAGAUCCUCAAAUUAAUAUAAAUGUUGAUAAACUUCUACCAGUACUACCGCCUAAAAGUCGUGGCCCGCAUGAGAAUAUUCAAAACGGAAUGAUACCUGAUAGGAUGGCGAGACAAUUACCAUGACAACUUUGUGUUAUUAAUUAUUAAGAAAACUGAUUUUUUAAUUACUUUGUUCCCAAAUUUCAUUUAAUAUUAAGUUAGAUAUCAAUUAAAACAUUUUUUUUUGCAUAUAAUUUACAUAUCUGCUCUUGAUAUAAGUUACUAAUAAUUAAGUCAGUAUUUUGUGAAUCGAGUCAGUUGCUAGUCCUGUUGAAUUAUUAAUAAAUGCGGCCAUACAUGAUUAUAAGAAUGGAAGUACAAAAUACAGUUAAUAAAAUGUAGAAGAAAGUGCAGAUAUAUAAUUCACAAAUUGAGGAAUUGAAUAUUAUGAGAACAGUUUUUGUUUUGAGAAAAUGAUUUAUGAUUCCAUAAAAGAAAAUAAAUUGAAGAUAAGGGUUAACACAGCAACUGAUAAACACUGAACUUCAUUUCUGGUUAUUUGUAUGAAUAUAUGGCAUAAAAAAACUU